CUCCCCGGCGCGCUGGGCGGGGUGUGCGGCGGGCGGCUUCGCGGGCAGGCGCGGGCCCCAAGGCAGCGGCUGCGCCCUGCGCGGGGAGGAGCCGGGGGCGGGCGGGCGGUCGGCCGGCAGGCGGGGGCUGGGGCCCGAGGCGGGGAGUGCCCCGGCGGCGACGACGGCAGCGGCGACGACGGCAGCGGCGGCGCAGCAGGCUCGGUGCGUGGGUCGGCUGCGGCUCGGGGUCCGCCCGCGGACUGCGGUGCGAGCGGGCGGCCCAGCUCUCCUACCCCCGCCCGCCGCCGCCACUGUGAUUGGGUGGAAGAUGGCGCUGGGCGGAUGGAAAUCCUAAUGACAGUCUCCAAAUUCGCCUCCAUCUGUACCAUGGGCGCCAAUGCCUCGGCAUUAGAGAAAGAGAUUGGUCCAGAACAGUUUCCGGUCAACGAGCACUAUUUUGGAUUAGUCAACUUUGGGAAUACCUGCUACUGCAACUCAGUCCUCCAAGCACUUUAUUUCUGUCGUCCAUUUCGGGAAAAGGUUCUAGCAUACAAGAGUCAGCCCAGAAAGAAGGAGAAUCUCCUUACAUGCUUAGCAGAUCUCUUCCACAGCAUAGCCACUCAGAAGAAGAAGGUUGGAGUAAUUCCUCCUAAGAAGUUUAUAACAAGAUUACGGAAAGAAAAUGAGCUUUUUGACAACUACAUGCAGCAGGAUGCCCAUGAAUUCUUAAAUUACCUACUAAACACAAUUGCUGACAUUUUACAAGAAGAGAGAAAGCAGGAGAAGCAAAAUGGCCGUUUACCCAAUGGUAAUAUUGACAGUGAAAAUAACAACAGCACACCAGACCCAACGUGGGUUCACGAGAUUUUUCAGGGAACAUUAACUAAUGAAACCAGAUGUCUUACUUGUGAAACUAUAAGCAGCAAAGAUGAAGAUUUUUUAGACCUUUCUGUUGACGUGGAACAAAAUACAUCAAUUACUCACUGUUUAAGGGGUUUUAGCAACACAGAAACUCUAUGCAGUGAAUAUAAAUAUUACUGUGAAGAAUGUCGUAGCAAACAGGAAGCACACAAACGGAUGAAAGUUAAAAAACUGCCCAUGAUUUUAGCUCUCCACCUGAAGAGAUUUAAAUACAUGGAUCAGCUUCAUCGAUAUACAAAGCUUUCUUACCGGGUAGUUUUUCCUUUAGAACUUCGUUUAUUUAACACGUCAGGUGACGCAACCAACCCUGACCGAAUGUAUGACCUUGUUGCCGUUGUGGUUCACUGUGGAAGUGGUCCCAAUCGAGGCCAUUAUAUUGCAAUAGUUAAGAGUCAUGAUUUCUGGUUAUUGUUUGAUGAUGACAUUGUAGAAAAAAUAGAUGCACAAGCUAUUGAAGAAUUCUACGGGUUGACAUCAGAUAUCUCAAAGAACUCUGAGUCUGGUUACAUCCUUUUCUAUCAGUCUCGGGACUGAAAGGGGACCAUGGUGAAGAGAUACUUUCUGCCUCACUUCUUCUCUGGCUAAUUGGGAAAGAAUCAAGCACUGAUUUUUCAAGAAAAGAGACAUGCAGGAAGCUCAGGGGGCAGUAACUCACUUUGCACACAAUAAAGCAAAGACUAUGAUUAACAAGCUCUUCCUAUCAUGGUAGUUGAUUUAUUUGCUCAGGUAUCAUGCUGUCUGUGGAAUUCCAUAUAACAAGGAUACGAAAUCAGAGAUACCAGCUCCUCUUGUUAAACAGCCUUCCAGUAACUGACAUGCAUCUUCUCUUUAUUAAUUGCACCAAUAAUGAUAUGAACUCCUUGGGGGUGCAGAAGAAAGAAUAGGAAUCUAUGCUAGGUUAUAUUGAUGACAUUGAACACACUGCAUACAUUUGCCUGUGCUGAUGAUGUACAGCAAGAACAUUUGGUCUUUUCAAGCACGAACCAGAAAUACUCUGGGCCCAACACUUGCAGUUGCCUUCCUGAUGUAUUUAAAAACAAAACAAAAACAUAUAUAUAUAUAUAUAUAUAUAUAUAAAAUAAAACCUUAGAAUCCAGUGUCAGGAAGACAAAUAUGUUUUGCUUCUCUGAAGAAGCUUAUAAUAAUAUACAGUAUAUGUAUAUGUAGGGAACAAUUGGUCAAAAGUGGCUUUUUGUUUCCCCAAGGGGAAAGACUGGCUUUGUAAUUAUAAUUUUUUUCUUAUUUAUUUUGCUUAAAACUGGUAGAGUCUAAGUAUUGUAUGAAGUGCCCAUGAUUCUGUCAGUAAAUUUGAGCAUAUUUUUAUUAGUUUUUGUCAGUUUAACUAGACCUUUUGUUUAUUUUUUUAAGGUGAAUUUUUAAACUACUUUAAAAUCAGUAAGAUCUUAAGGAAUUGAGCGAGAGAAGGUAAUUUUUUUUUUCAGGAGAAACUGAUAUCUCUGGCAAAAUAUUUGUCCUUUUAUAGUGUAUAAAUCAGUUUUUUAACUUUAAUUUCAGUAAAAUAAACUAUCAAAAAUUUCCUGUAGUUUGUAGAAUGAUAAAAUAAUUCUGGUGCAGCAGUGGUAUAUCAAUCUUUAGAAUUCUUAAAACUCUAAUGUUUAAAUUGAGGCCACUCUUGGACAGUUUAUGUCUUAGCAGUUAUGUUACUUUCAAAUGUUGUUCUUUACCCUGGAAAGAAGUGACCUAUUCAUUAUAACCAUAGCAGCUCGAGUAGCUGACUUUAAAAACAAAUCAGAACAAAACAAGUUUUUAGAAAAACAAGCAUUUGAAGAUUGAAGUUUAAUGAAGUAGACCAAGAAGACACAAAGAGAAUCUCUCCCCACCCCCAGCCCCCAUUACAAAUCUUAUUGAAAGGUUGUUCUGAAAUUAAACUUGGUUAGAAUUUCAUUAUGUUGAGAGUUUGAGAAGUAAUAUAUGUCAUACAAAAUCUAAGUAAACCAUUGCAGUGGACACUUCUAUGCAUCAGUGAGUUGUAUGACAGUGGCCGAAUGUAACUUGCAAAAAAUAAUUGAGAUUUUAUUCAGAAUAAUAGAAAUCAGGCCUUGGAUGUUCUUUAUCAAAGUCUUUUUUCAGGCAAUGAUCUUUUUUUUAUUGCUGCAAUUUUCUAAACUUAUUUACUAAUGCUGUUGAAUAUGAUAAACAACAUCAAAAGAAUGUUUUUGUCUGCUGCUAUUAAUGUUUGUUAUCUGUAUCUUUUCGCUCAGGAAAUGACUUCACCUAUUCAUUUCAUGAACCAGAUCUUUAACAGGGUUACUUAACAAAUUGGGAGAAAAUUAUCAUGUAUUUUGACAAAUUGCAUUUUUCAGAUGUAGUUUCUAAAGCCUUACCCUGACUGGAAAUGUUUUCUAUAAAUUGCCUGCCAACAGUGCACAGAGAACUACCACCAAGGAUGUGGAGAAGGUCAUAGUAGUGGACUUGAUACAUUUUUUAAUUUUGAGGACUGAUGCCAAAAUUAUCUUGGAAUUUAAAGCUCUGUUUUGCAGCUUUCAGUCCACAAAGAGUAAAGCGAGGCCAAAUCAUAUCUUACAUGAGCUAGGCCACAGCAUGUAUAAGAUAGAUGAAGUCAUUUGCAUAAAGGUACAGCAUUGGAAAUACUAUAUUGUGUUUGUUUUCACGUUUUGCAUUUUUAAAAAAUACAGUAAAAGCCAAGGUGAAAUUUCAUAUUAAGGCAAGUUAAUAGUAUUUUAUUGUUCCGUGAUAGUCACACACUGUUCACAUCUACAACAUAUUUAAUAGUAUGAUUUGUCAAGGGAGCGUCUAUGCAGUGAUGGUUCUCAGUUUCCUUUUACUCUCAGUGCAGCUGCACUUAAAUUGUCUUGAAGCUUAUCAGACACUCAGUAGACUUUGAAGACAUACAGGGUUAGGAUUGGGAGAAAAAUACAGCUAGAGUAAGUAAGAAAAGGGACCCAUGGUGAGAUUGUGUGAGGUUGUCUGUUGGUUGACUGUUAAUUGAAAUGAGGGGGCAGGUUUGAGCUAUAAGUGGUGGCUGAUUGCUAUCUGACUAUGUACAUGUUUGCUGGGAUGGUUGUCCCAUAUUUUGUAUAUUGGAAUAAAAAUUUCUAUAAAUUAUCAUAAUUGAAAGUGAAUAUCCUACAUUAAGCCUCACUUCUAAGUCAUAUGGCUUCUGUCUUGGAGACUUAACCUAGAGAAGAUUCCUUCAGACAAGAGCCAUGGAACUUCAGGAAAAUGGAAAAAAAGAAAUGUGUAAUAUAUGCGUCUUUUUGCCUCUAUAACCAUCAGUCUAGGGUUUUUCUUUCCUUGGUGGCAGUAGAAAGACCUCAUUUUCAUAACAUACUACUCUUGAUAUUUCUUUGAAGAUACGUACCAUUCAAGAUUCUCUCCUGAGGUAUUUAACUGGGAGCUGGGAGGCUAAUGGCGCUCAGGUCCUGGCUCUUCAGUGGACUUAACUCUGUGGCCUUGGGCAAGCCACUUAACCUCUCUGUGCUUCAGCCUCCCUCUCUUGUAAAAUGGGAGUAAUACCUACCUCACAGGGUUGUUGUGGGGAUUAAUUCGAUAUAAUGUCUGUAAAGUAUCUAAGGUUCUUGAAGAAGGCGCUAUAUAAAUACAAAAUAUUAAAGUUGGUUUAUUUGUG